UAUUACUUCCCUACGGGAAAUUGUAGUUCACAAUUUGCAAAGCGUGGUUAACUGAAGCCGCCUUCUUCAUAUCCUUCAGUAUCAUUUCUCCGCCGGUGAGGAGGAAUUUUCUCUCCCCUUUUCGAGCUAAAGAUUCGCGUCCAUGGCUGCUUCCACCGCUGCUGCUUUGACAUCGACGGCGUUCUUAAGCAACAAGAAGGAUUUGGACGUCGCUGCUUUUUCGUCGUCAUUGCCGUUUUCCCAGCGGAGAUGCGAGAGAGCUGUAUCGAAGAAAAUAUGUUCGGUCAUGACACCACAGCAAUCGGAACGGAAGCCCAGCGCCACGGGCUCGGUCAAAACAGCCAUGACUAUGACAGAGAAGAUAUUUGCUAAGGCUUCUAAGAAAACUGAGUUGAGCCCAGGUGAAAAUGUUUGGGUUGAUGUGGAUGUUUUAAUGACUCACGAUGUUUGCGGUCCUGGUUCUAUUGGAAUUUUUAAAAACGAGUUCGGAGAGAACGCGAAGGUUUGGGACCGAGAAAAGGUCGUGAUUAUUCCUGACCACUACAUAUUUACCAGUGAUGCACGUGCUAACCGUAAUGUGGACAUUCUGAGAGACUUCUCAAAAGAACAGAAUAUCAAGUACUUUUAUGAUAUUAAGGAUCUUAGUGAUUUUAGGGUGAACCCGGAUUAUAAAGGUGUUUGCCAUGUUGCAUUAGCUCAAGAAGGUCACUGUAGGCCUGGGGAGGUCCUGCUUGGCACAGACUCUCAUACCUGUACAGCUGGUGCAUUUGGUCAAUUUGCCAGUGGAAUAGGAAAUACUGAUGCAGGAUUUGUUCUGGGCACUGGGAAAUCACUUCUCAAGGUUCCCCCAACUCUGAGGUUUGUCAUGGAUGGAGAAAUGCCUGAUUAUUUACUUGCGAAAGACUUAAUUUUGCAAAUUAUUGGUGAAAUAUCAGUAUCUGGUGCAACAUAUAAAGCCAUGGAAUUUCUCGGCACAACUAUUGAAAGUUUAACUAUGGAAGAAAGAAUGACAUUGUGCAACAUGGUUGUUGAAGCUGGAGGAAAGAAUGGAGUUAUACCUCCUGAUAGUACUACGUUCAAGUACCUUGAGGAUAAGACAUCCAAAGCCUAUGAACCAGUUUACAGUGAUGAGAAUGCAAGGUUUCUUUCAGAAUACAGAUUUGAUGUGUCAAAACUGGAGCCUGUGGUAGCUAAGCCUCAUUCUCCAGAUAACCGUGCUUUAGCGAGGGAAUGUAAAGAUGUGAAAAUUGAUAGAGUAUAUGUUGGAUCUUGUACUGGGGGAAAGACGGAGGAUUUUCUGGCCCUGGCUAAAGUUUUUCUUGCUGCAGGAAAGAAGGUUAAAGUUCCUACAUUUAUUGUCCCUGCCACUCAAAAGGUUUGGAUGGAUUUAUAUAGUAUCCCAAUACCUGGAGCUGGUGGUAAAACUUGCUCUCAGAUAUUUGAGGAAGCUGGGUGUGAUACACCAGCAAGUCCUGGUUGUGCUGCUUGUUUAGGUGGCCCUAGAGAUACUUAUGCACGGAUGAAUGAACCACAGGUCUGUGUUUCAACAACGAACAGGAACUUCCCUGGUAGAAUGGGACACAAGGAGGGACAAAUUUACCUUGCUUCUCCGUACACGGCUGCGGCCUCAGCUUUGACCGGAUACGUCACUGACCCAAGAGAGUUCUUGCAGUAGAUCUACCGAAUUGGAGAUUACUAUAAUGUAUGUUUUCUGUAUUAUUUAUAUUGAAAUAAGGCCUUGUCAUGUCUUUGUAUGAUUGUAUCUUCUUAGAGCUUUGAUUAGAAGGAAAUGAUCAUAUCUCUCAUUUCAAGUUUCAUGAGAUUUUUGGUGAAUUUUGGUCUAUUUGGAUUUGGAAGGAAUGGAGUGUCUAAAUUAAUUAUUAUAAUUAAUGCUCCUCAUAUGUAUAA